AUGGAAGACUGGAACAUACCGGAACAAAAAAUAAAGUUAGAAUACCAUGUUAAAUACAAUCCCUUGGAUUUUGCACCUGUGCAGGCGGAAGCUGAAUAUCAAGAAACACUUUUUUUGAAGAAGGCUGCGACAGGUAAGCCACCAUGGGAUUUAUCACGAGCUGGUCCUGCAUGUGCAAUGUUGGAGAUACAACGAGAAAAAGAAUCAGCUCAGAUGUAUUUAGAUGAAACAAGGUUGUAUGAAACCGAAACAAUAGUACACGAUGCUCUCCUUUCUGAUGUUGCAGAGCUGAACAAUCAGGUGGAAUUUUAUAAUCAUGUCAAGAGUGUUUUGUUAAGACAUAUUGAAAAAUACAGGGCCUAUGAGAAAUACCUAGAAGAUGUUGUAGAGAUAUCGCCCAAUCUCCACAGCAUUGCUGAUACUCAUAAGCGUUAUCAGGCAUUGGUUUCAGCAAGAGAAGAGAUUGCUAUAUCCCAGCAAAGAAACAUGCGAGAAUUGGAAAAAACUCGAAAUGAAGUUGGCCUACUGGCAGCCGAGAAGAACUCCAAAAUAAUCAGCCUAAAUACAGCAUUAGCACAAAUGGAUAAACGCUAUCAAGAUGUGAAGUACGAAUCUCAAAUUUGGGAGUCAAGAAUAGUCAGAAUAAAAGAUUUGGUUUACUCAAAAGAAUCUGAAAUAUUUAUUGUCAAAGAUUUAUUUUGGGACAUGUAUGUGGAACUAAUGAAACGAAGAAACAGAAGUGGUGCAGUUCGCCAACCUAUGGCAGAUCGCGAAGACACAGAAUCCCAUCUCAAAUUUAUACAAAUGGCCAUCAACGAAAUUCGUAUGAUUGUGGAAUUGGCCAAGGUAAGUGAGAGAGAAGAGCGUUUGCUGCUGGAAAAGGCUGAAGCUGAAAAAAGUCGAUUAGAAGCCCUGGCUUUAUUACAAGAUAAUGAGCAAGGCAGUGAUGAAAAGGCUCGAGAUGGCGUGGUAUCAUCCCAAGCAACAUGA